AUGCCUCCAAGACCAAAAUGGCUUAUUGUGGAAGAAGAAAUAGAUGAAGCGUUUUUAAAAGGAGGGAGGGGUCCCGGAGGACAGAAAAUUAAUAAAAGUAAUAGCAAGGUCCAGCUUACACACAAACCUACAGGGUUGGUGGUGACAUGCCAGUAUUCCAGAUCACAAGAGCAAAACCGGAAGCGAGCUAGAGAAAUAUUGGCAUUGAAGCUUGAAGAGUUACAAAACCCAGAAGGUUGUCGUACGGCAGUUGUGAAUGAAAGGAAGACAAAAACAAAACAAAGCAAAACGAAGAAGGCGAACAAAAAGUACAAAGUGCUAGAUGAAGAGAGGGCAAAGACAAAGGAGGAGGAAGAGCGCGAAUUAUUGUCGAAUUAUAUAGAUAUUGAUGCUGAGUUUGAUAGCCAUGUCAGGUCUACGUUGAAUUCGAACGGAACAGGUGAAAAGGGACCCGUAUAA